AACAAACUGGUACAUGGCCAGUCAAACUUCCAAGUUCAAACAUUUCUGCUUUUCCUUCUCUCUCCUAAUUAACCCAUCUCUCUCUGGAGCAUUCAGUCCGUAUGGAGAGACCAGAGUCAGAGAAUGGAAGCUGCAGGAAGGGAAUGGCAAAGAACAAGGAGAUACUACCGUGUGCACCCCGGCGCACGCUAGCACUUCCGACCGCGGUUAAGCCACCCGCAGCCAACGAGGUGAAGCUGGCAGCAUUAGCCAUCGAUUUAAACGUACGGCUGAGAUCGGCGGAUAUGCACCCGUCGAUUCAAGAGCGAGCAAUCCGGCAAGCCAGAGCCUUACUCGACGAGACCAACCCCGACGAGAACCGCCCCAGUCCGACCCACCUCGCCAUGCGGCUUAAAAAGGAAUUUGAUGCGAGUUACGGACCAGCAUGGCAGUGCAUAGUGGGGAAGAGUUUUGGGUCAUUCGUGACUCAUUCGAGUGGUGGGUUCGUUUAUUUCUCGGUGGACAAGCUAUCUUUUCUUCUCUUCAAGACGGAGGUUCGCCCAGUAAUCAAGGCUCCGCUUCAGCUCCCGUCGAUUAAACACAGUAAUACCAAGACUAUAGCCAGCGUCAAAUCUUCUUCCUAUUCACAAUCAUGGCGAGAGACCUUGCUUUCUUCGUCGAAAAUUGCGGUUGCCUUACUUUCAGUAGCGGUGAAAUUACAAAGGACGAGUCUUCUGGUCCUACUUCCACGCCAUCUCCGGUUGAUUCUAGACAAACUGAUGAGAGGUUCGAAGUCCCUCGGUUGAAAGCUUGCUCAGAGAAUGGCUGCGGAGAUGUGUUCUUCGGCAGUGAUGAUCACCGGGAAGAUGAAUGCAAUUAUCUGUACAGGGAGGAGGUGAUAGAGUAUUAUCGAAGGGAGCGAAUUAUAUGGCCGGUUAGCAGGAAACAGAAGAGAAGAACCAGCUUUGGGUGCUUUGAUUUUCUGAAGUUUAUCCGUAAUUGCUUUUAAUUCAAUUUGAAAACAUGCAAUCUCUCUUUUUCUAAAAUUUUGGAUUCAAU